AAAGACAGUUAAAAUGCUUUAAGGGUUUAUAAUCAUGGAAAAACCUUUGAUUCUCGACUAUGGUACCGUAUCAUUUCGAGUAGGAAGGGCUGGAGAUAAGAAUCCCAGCUUCCUGGUACCCCCAGUGAUAGGAAAACCCUUGAUGAGGGAUUCCAAGGGCGAAAUUUGUGGCUUUAAUGGAGGAUGUGGGAGUAAUCCGCUGGAAUAUACGAUUUUUCCCUUGAAUCCUCGUGACAAACACGACAACGUCGUCCCUAUUCCUGCAAUCACCUACGGUAACAACGGAUUUGAAGUUGAUGAAAAGGUCCUCGAGAGAAUGCUUGAUGGUUGUAUGGGUGUAAAGGGCAUGGAUGAAGGUUUACAUGAAGCUUCUGUGAUUGUUUCUGAGCCCAGUCUGCAUAAUACCAAGUUCCGUGAAACAUUUGCAGAGAUCCUUUCAGAAACUUUCAAGGUGGAAAACUUGUUUCUUUGCAAAAGAUCUGCAUUGACAUGUUAUGCAAGUGCGUCGACGAGUGGUAUAGUAGUAGAUGUUGGCGGUUCUUCUACCAAUAUAUCACCUGUGGUUGAGGGAUACACUAUACAAGAAUCAGUUAGAGAGGAACCUAUAGGUGGAUCUUUGAUAGAUUGUAUAUUUUACUCAUACUUGUCUUCAAUUGGAAUAACAAUAAGGCCCUCUUAUGAGUAUUGUAAAUCUAGUACCGCAGAAAAUGCGUCAGCUGAAACGGACAAAACACAAAAGGACUCAGAGGUCAAAAAUGUCACAAUUCGCAAACUCCCAUUUGUACAUGCGGAUUACUACCGCUGGUCCACUCUAUACUCUACUUCUGUUCUUAAAGAGACUUGCAUAAUCUUUAACGAUAGUAUUAAUAUUGUUCCCCCAACCGAUCAGUCAUAUUGUUUUGCGUUGCCGGAUGGCAACUUUUUGGAUGUAGAACAAAGUAAAUCUCUUUGUGGCAUCUUUUGUAGUUGCAUAUUUAAUCAAAAGAAGUUUUUGAAUGCAAAAAAUGACCUUGAUAAGAUAAAAUUAUCUAAGCCUGCGUUUGGCUCGAACUCUGAUGAUUUAAAUCUGGAAAGCAUACUAGGCAAAAGUUCCGGACUUAGUAAUAUGUUAAUUGAUUCAUGGAACUCAUUGUCCAGUGUUGGAUCGGGGGUCGAUCUUAUUGGUAUCUAUGAUCGUAUAAUCUUCACUGGAGGGUGCACUAGACACCCUGCACUCGUACCAAUUCUUCAAAGAGAUUUUGAUGGAUUUUUAAAAACAAACAAGAGUGAAUAUUAUCCCACAUAUAUGAGUAUUGGUGGGAAUGAACAACAGUAUAGUAGCUUUAUAGGAGCAUCUAUUCUAGCAUCCCUAGGAGGCUUUGGAAACUUUUGCAUUUCUAGAGCUGACAUCCAAGAACAUGGCACAAUCAGGUCUUUGAACAGAAAGUGCCCAUAA